AGUACUGCACAGGAUGCUUGAGACGGACUCACCUGCAGCUCGAAACUGGGUGGGAAGUGAAACUUUACGAUUUGCAAUAAAUAUGUUUGUUUUUCAGCUACAAACCCCACAUUAAAAUCAAAUCAACAGGGUUAUACUCUCUCGGUGCUAAAGGAUCAUGUAAAACAGGAUGGAAGGCUAGUUUCUUGCGGUUUCUCCUGCAGACACCUGCGCGCGCGUGUCAGUGAGUUUCGCUGUAGGUGAGGACAAAAGGCCGCCUGCAUGACACAUGAACGGCAACACAGAGGACUGACAGCGGCCAAUUUGACAAAUACGUCGUAUGACAUGGAGCCACUCAAAUCUGGGAAUAAAAUUCCGGACCAUGGCUUGGACCAGACAGAGCAGUUUCUUCCAGCAUCAGAUGCAAAAAAGUUGCAGAAGAAGAGGGUAUCGUUCAGGGCCAUCGUGGCAAUAGGUCUACCCACAGCACUGGCGAUCAUUGCAUUAGUAACUGGACUGUUAGUGUGGCAUUUCCAUUACAGGUAUAAUGGGAGGGUGAGGAAGAUGUUCAGUGGUUAUUUGACCAUCUCCAGUCAAACGUUCUCAGAUGCUUAUGAAAAUAGUAACACCGCUGAAUAUAAAGAACUGGCUUCAAAGGUCUCAAGGCAGCUCAAAGGUAUAUAUGGUCAAGUGCGCUUGCUGUCAAAGUACCAUGUGGCGUCCAGUGUGCAAGGUUUCAGUGAGGGCAGUAAUAACGGUAUCAUCGCUUAUUACCUGUCUGAGUUUAAUGUGCCGGAGUCCCAAGUAUCUGCUGUGGACGAGGCCAUGGCAUCCAUGGAUGGGGGGGAAAAUGCAAGGAAAAGCCGGAGGGGGUUUGGUCGCAGGACUGACAAUAGCCUCAUCAUUGACGGCAUGACGUCAGGAGCUGUGGAUGCUCGGUUAGCUGGCAGAAACCUCAAACGGUCCAGUAAGAGGUCUCAUCAUGCUCAUGGGAACCAGACAGACAUUAUCCGGUCUCCAGGUUUUCCCGAUUCCGCCUACCUUCCCAACCUUUACACCGAGUGGCAGAUUCGGGCCGACCCAGAGCACAGGAUCAGACUGGAGUUUGACGUCCUAGACUUGGAGAAAGAUUGCCGUAAUGAUUUCAUCAAAGUGUACGACUCAUUAGCACCAUCAGAGAAGCAAGUCAUAGCGGAGAAAUGCGGAUAUCGUUUACCUGAUGAGAAGCUCAUUUUCAUCUCCUCUGGGAAUGUCAUGCUGGUUACACUGGUUACAAAUGAGGAGAAAAACUUCCCAGGUUUCAGGGCAUUUUAUUCUCAGAUUCCAGCCAAAAUUCAAGACUGUGGAGGGAGACUGAUGGGGCUUCGUGGUACCUUCACAUCACCUGGCUAUCCCUCCCAUUACCCACCUCAGACUGACUGUGUCUGGAACAUUGAGGUUCCAUCAGGAAAGCAUAUCAAGGUGAAGUUUGACAAGCUGUCUAUACAUAGCCCUGAACAAAACCCCAUCAGCUGUCCAGCAGACUACUUGGAGAUAAACUACAGGAUAUGUGGGGAGAAGCCACCCAAAACUGUGUACACAAUCAAAUCAAACCAAACAACAGUCAGAUUUCAUUCUGACCUGUCUUACGUGAGCGAGGGCUUUUCUGCCGAAUUUGAGGCCUUUGAACCCACUAAUCCCUGCCCUGGGAGAUUCCAGUGUGACAAUGAUCUGUGUGUGUCUCCUAACCUGGAAUGUGAUGGCUACAAUGACUGUGGAGAUAUGAGUGAUGAGAGGGGCUGCACAUGUAAUGAGACUCAAAUAAAAUGCAAGAACGGCUUCUGCAAGCCCAGUUUCUGGCGCUGUGAUGGGGUGAACGAUUGCGGAGAUAACACUGAUGAGGAAAACUGUGGGAACUGCAAAGCUCAAGAGUUUAGAUGUCGAAACAGCCGCUGCAUCCCAGCACAUAAGCAGUGUAAUGGCUACAACGACUGUGGCGAUGGCUCAGAUGAAUCUCAGUGUGAGAAAUCCAUAGCUGUUCACUGCUCUGAUCUCACCUAUAAGUGCAAGAAUAACCAGUGCAUUAGCAAGCUGAACCCGAUGUGUGAUGGAGAGAUUGACUGUGCGGAUGGUUCGGAUGAAGCUGAAUGUAAAUGCGGGACGAAGCCCUACAAGUCCAGUCGUAUUGUCGGUGGAAAGGACUCGAGUGAGGGAGAAUGGCCCUGGCAGGUCAGCCUCCACAUGAAUACACAAGGUCAUGUGUGCGGUGCGUCUGUUAUCAGUAACCGCUGGCUGGUCACUGCUGCUCACUGCGUGCAGGACAGUGAAAAGUUCAAAUAUUCCCAGCCUGACCAGUGGGAAGUCUAUCUAGGUCUACUUAACCAGGGUGAGACUAGUAAGUCCACCCUAAAACGCGUGAAGCGCAUCAUUUCUCACCCUCAGUAUGAUCACUUGAGCGACGACAAUGACAUCGCGCUGAUGGAGUUGGACAGCCCUGUAACUCUCAGCCAGAACAUCUGGCCCGUCUGCUUACCUGAAGCCACACAUGACUUCCCAGCAGGCAAAUCUGUCUGGAUCACUGGCUGGGGCAAACAGAGAGAGGAAGUUGACGCCAUUGCAUCAGUGUUGCAGAAGGCCGAGGUGCGCAUUAUUAACAACACUGUGUGCAACAAGCUGAUGGAUGAUGGGAUAACACCACGCAUGAUCUGUGCAGGUGUAUUGAGUGGAGGCGUAGACGCUUGUCAGGGUGACUCAGGUGGUCCAAUGACUUCCACUGAGAGCAGUGGCCGCAUGUUUCUUGCUGGCGUGGUGAGUUGGGGAGAUGGCUGCGGUCGCAGGAACAGGCCCGGCGUUUACACACGCGUCACAGAAUACCGCAGCUGGAUCAGGGAGAUGACAGGGGUAUAAUGUCACAACAGUGACACGAAAUGGACUAAAGCAAACAGUAUCAACCUGUAUUGAGAGUUAUUGAAAAUAAUUAAGGCAUUCAUGUUCAUUGAGUUUUAUUUCAGAAGCCAUAAAGAUUACUAUAAUCAGGCCAAAUGUCCACUAAAAUGUUCUUUGACUUUUAUUUUCCAUGAAUAUAAUAAUGAGCUUACAUAGUUUCUUUAUCUAUUCUUUAUGUGUUUCUCUUUGUAAUUACUCUCUUAGUUUCGUCUAUGUGUACUAUGCUGUUUUUGAGCUCAAAUGUUGCUCUUGCUGUGGAGGAAAAGUAUUCGUGCUGCCUUGCUUAAGUCAUUACAAUUUGAGUGGUUCUCAGGGAUUUUUAAAAUGUAAUUGUUGGCAUAAUGUGUUAAUUGUCUGUUUUAUUUUUAUUACUUUAUAGUUUAAUUACCUUUCAUACCAAACAGACUUCAUGAUCAGAUCUGUGCACAAAUGUAUUUUAUGACUAAGUAAUAGGAAACAAUUUUAGAGUUUUCAUUUAUUCUGGGCAGUUGAUGCCUUGCUUGAAUGGCAUUUUAAUUUUAAAUAUAUGCUGAUAAAAAUAUAGAAUAUCUGCAAUGUGUGGGUGUGUGUGUAUAGAUAAAACAUUUGUGUUCUUACUCCUUACAUUACUCCUUACCAUUGGAAUUUUGAAACUUAAAAUAUGAAAAUGUCAGCAUUUUUUGUUGAAACAAUUGGCAAUUUUUUUGAAUUUUUUUUGUUCCGUUUUGUUUACACAGUGAUCUUUAUUUUGGUGUUAUGUGUAUCUGUGAUCUUUUGUUAUAAUAUUUUUUUUAUUUUUAUUUUUGUUAAUGCCCUCCUUGGGGGAUUGGCGUUCCCGUAAUGUGCCUUGAAGCUUCAGUGGAUUCUUUGUUAAACAUUAAAAGGGAAAUUCCAA